AUGACCUACAGAGGCAUCAAAACCAGCACCAACACUGCGCCAAAUAUUGGCUUCGAACUACACCUUCUUUCUUGUUUGUCGCCUUUCGAGGAAACCUCAUCCGACGCGACUCUACUUCUCCUAAAGCAGGUGUUUGAGAGCCUCGAUAUUGAUCAGAUUGAAUCUCUCGAAGCCGAUAUCUCAGCCAUGAUCCCGCAAUUACAGGUCUUGAUGAGCCAAAAGGAUGUGGUCGAGUUGUCUCGAGAGCUGAUCAACGUGCUCACCGUCAAAGUCCGCAAUUUUACAGCUCCGAUGAGACACGUGUACAUCAAGUACUUUACUCGAAUGCUGACCUUCUUGUGUCAUUCAAGUGACCUACAACGACUCCAACGCCAAGCCGCCAUCCAGAGCAACGUCGACCCCGUCAAAUCCACGACCUUCGAAAUGAUGGCCUAUCUCCUAGAACCAAAUGCCUCUGGCAUAUGUACGCUAGUUCUUAACAUUGAAAGAACGCAAACAAUCCGGACUCGCUUCCGAUCCGUAAUCGCUUACGCCGACUAA